AUGCAGACCAACAAGACUGUCGUGAAGGAAUUCAUCUUUGUUGGCUUUUCUCUUUACCCAGAUGUGCAGUCAUUACUCUUUGUGAUCUUCUUUUGUCUCUACCUUCUCACCCUUGUGGGUAAUCUGACCAUCAUGGGUCUAACCUGGGUGGACAGAGCCCUCCACACCCCUAUGUACAUCUUUUUGAGUGCACUUUCCUUUUCUGAAACCUGCUACACUUUGAGCAUCACACCCAAGAUGCUGGCAGAUCUACUGGCCAAGAACAGAAGCAUCUCGGUCACAGGCUGUGGCUUGCAGAUGUGUUUCUUCUUGGGCCUUGGGGGCACCAACUGCAUCAUUCUCACUUUAAUGGGGUAUGAUCGCUUUCUUGCAAUCUGCAACCCUCUCAGAUAUCCACUGCUUAUGACCAACACAGCAUGUGGACAACUAGUGGCUUCUGCUUGGGCUGGAGGCUUCUUUGUCUCUCUAACAGAGAUGGCACUUAUAUUCAGGGGCUUUUUCUGCAGUCCCAAUCUUGUCAAACACUUCUUCUGUCAUAUGCGGGCAGUUAUAAGACUAUCCUGUUUCGGCAGUUACCUCACAGAAUUUAUCGUAACGUUGAUAUCAGUAUCGGGUUUGCUGGGUACUUUCCUACUCAUUAUCCUAACUUACAUCUUCAUUCUUUCCACUGUCCUAAGGAUCCCUUCAGCUGAGGGCAAGCGGAAGGCAUUUUCUACCUGUGCUUCACAUCUCACAGUGGUCAUCAUCCAUUUUGGUUUUGCAUCAAUUGUUUAUCUGAAACCAGAGUCUUCAGUGGGAGAUGACACACUCAUAGCUAUCCCUUACACUGUUAUUACUCCUUUCCUCAGCCCCCUUAUUUUCAGCCUGAGGAAUAAGGACAUGAAGAAUGCUUUUAGAAAGGUGCUGGGAAAGAUAGUAACCUAG